AUGCCCCCGUCAAUCGUCCUCGCGGCACCGCGACCCCUGAAAACCACCUACCUUCAGUCCCUGUCAAGGCACCCGGCAUCUCGCGGCAAGGACAGAGUAGUAGACGUUGUGGGCGACGGAACCCCCGAGACGAUCACGCCAAUGUCGCUCAAGGAUGGAUUGGCGGAGCUGUUGCCUUCUGGUCGUCUGCCGUGCUGGAAGCACAUCACCCGGCCGACGAUGAGGAUCUUUGAGCAGCAUCCCGAUCUGAUUGUUCUUGGCGCCGUCAUCGCACUGGUUCUCGUCCUUUUGGUGCUGGAGUUUGUCGGUACUACCUUCCAAGGAGUACGCCAGCACUAUGACCCGCAAGGAGUGAUCCGGCUAGAGGUGGACGAGAAGGCAUGCAAGACACCAUCUUUCCGAUGUGACUCGGUACCUUAUCACGAUGAAGAGGCGCAGGAUGCUGAGGAACUCAGACCAUGAUUUGAUGGUGAUUGGUUUAAUCCAAGAAGGGCAACGAAAGAAAAAACAGAAAACAACAACAAUCCGGACUCACGGACUACUUUUAAUGUGAUUACUAGACAUUGCGAUACCAUCUUCUUACUAGUAUUGAGCGCGGCGCUGGUUAACGGCAUGAACAAAAAACAAGAAAAAUUCAUAAACACUAAAUCG